GUGCAUGGAAAUAUCGCAUAGGAUAAUUCUACAAAAAAAUGCGAUAUGUAUUGAAUUCCGAGCCUAAUGAUUACAUUAUAAGAGUAGAGAAUAUGUGGUGGAGUACAAAGCUUACUCACCACCAUAAUAGAAAGUAGUAUCAAGAAAUUGAAAAAAUGAUAACAGUAGUUUCCGAAGAUUAAAUCAUUGAACUAAUAACAUUCAUUACAUGGUGGAUAAAUAUGAAACAUUAAAAAUUAAAUUUAUUUGACUGAUAAAAUGUUUUAUGUAGAUGGCUAUGUGAAUAAUCUAGAAGAUGGUCAAAAUGUGGCAGUUAAAUUAUAUGAACAAGAGUGGUAUUCAUUAUUUAACAUCACUAGUAUCAAUGAUUUAAGAAAUGUUGCUAUCCAAGGUGAUUUGCGAGCUUCAAGAUUUCGUAGUGUUUACUGGCGUAUUAUGUUAGACAUAAUGCCAUUAGACUCUAGUAAAUGGUUAUCAGUUAUUAAUGAAUAUCGCACAAUUUAUAAACAGAAAAAAGUAAAACAUUAUAAUGAUCCACAUUUACAAGGUUCAGAACCUGAUGAUCCACUUUCUCAAAAUGAUAAUAGUAUCUGGAAACAGUAUUUUAAAGAUGUGGAAUUGAAAAAACUUAUUGAACAAGAUGUCAUAAGAACUUCUCCUGGAAUUCAAUUUUUUCAAACAGAAAGAAUACAAAACAUAAUGGUUAACAUACUAUUUUGUUAUUCUAGAGAAUAUCCUGAUUUAAGUUACCGACAAGGAAUGCAUGAAAUUUUAGCUCCAAUAUUAUUUGUUCUUCAUUGUGAUCAUCAAGCUUUACUCCAUGUAAUUGAACAAUCAUCUUCUGAUGUGAGUGAUACAAUUCAACAAAUACUAAAUCCAUUACAUUUAGAAGCAGACGCGUAUUCACAGUUUAGUACUAUUAUGGAUAUUAUAAAAGACUACUACAUCACAAAUGAUAAUAUAAUUAUUACAUCUGAGGAACAAUCAGAAACAAUUAAGAUUAGUUCUAAACCAGAAAGUGAAAUAGUUCGCAAAUUACUAAAAAUACGUGAUACUAUGUUAGCAAAAUAUGAUCCAGAAUUACAUAAACAUUUAAUAAAUUUAGAUAUUGGAUUCACUACUUUUGGAAUCCGCUGGUUAAGAUUACUAUUUGGUGGGGAAUUUUCAUUAAUGGAUUUGUUAGUAUUGUGGGAUGUAAUUUUUGCAAAAUCACCCCUUACUUUUCAACUUGUUAAUAAUAUAUUUGUAGCUAUGUUAGUGUUAUUACGAGUUCAACUAUUAAAAAGUGAUAACAUUACCUGUCUUACUUACCUCAUGAAAUACCCACCUGUUGAUGUAGCAUCUGUUAUUGAAUAUGCACUUCAUAUGAAUGAUCCUGAGAUUUAUCCAUUACCAUCAAUUAUACAUUCUCUAAGACACGAUAAAAGUGAUAUAUUAAAAAUGGAUUCAUUGAAUUUUGAAACAGAAAGGUUUGUAUCUGACAAUUUAAUAAGUUCGUCUAGAAGGAUGAGGAAUUCCUCUGAGGAGUUAUUAGAACUUUGUAAAAUUAAAUUACUGCAAUAUCAUUCCAUAUUAAAUCCAGUCGUUUCUGAACACCAUAAAGAUGCUCGUCAAGCAUUAAAUGGAAUGCUAGAGUUAUGUGCUAUGUUAAAUACACAAAGUGGUAUUAUUGAAAUGGGUAGAGAUGUGGUUCGAAUCACUAGUCCAAAUCAAACAUCUAGCACUCCUGAAAGCCCAGAAGGACCUCCGUUACCUCCUCCUGCUUCUGCUAUUACUAUGAAAGUAUUUCGUAAAGUAGAAAAUUCUUUAGACUGUCAAAUAUUAGGUGCCCCAACAAAGAAUCCUCUUAAACAGUUAAAACGAUAAAAGUUUAUAUUUAAGUAGUUAAAAGAUAUUAAAAUUUUUUGCUUAGUAUUUUUUGUAUACCAAUUAUUUAAACUUCAAAUUAUACAUUGUUUUUAAUAAAUUUUGACCUUAAGAUUAAGAAACUACCAAUUGUUUCUCUUUAAUUAUAUAUAUUUUGUAUUGGCUGUUAUUUUAUUAUAAACCAUUAAUUAAUUUUUAAGUG